AUGGGGCCUAAGUCAGCUUCCCCCAAUUUAGGACGAGGACAAUGGGAAAAUCCAACGGACUAUAUAUUUGCCUGUCUAGGACUAAUGCUGAAUAUGAAUAUAUAUACCGAUAUGGGUAUUCUUGGAAUGCUGCCAUACUUCUUGUAUAUGGUAAUCUUUUUGGUUCCGGGGCUGGUCAUCCACUCUUUUAUGGGCCAGUUUUCGAGCAGUGGCUUCAUCUCCGCCUUUCGUCUGGCUCCUUUCUUUAAAGGCAUAGGAUAUGUAAAUCUCUUCCUGACUACCUUCUUUAUUAUUUACUACGGCACGUUCGCUUCUGUUCCAAUUUUCUACAUAUGGCACUCUUUUAAACCCAUUCUGCCUUGGAGUUGCGAGGGGUUAUCGUCUUGGUUCAAUGAGUCUCAAGGACUAACUACAUGUCAUUUAACAAUGGAAUCGGGCUACACGUAUAUAAACUUUUCCUCACACUACCAAUUUUCCACUUUUCAUUACCCAACAGAGGACUAGCAGGUUGACUGGAAUUUUGUGGGCCUCUACGUUCCCAUUUGGGCAACGAUUGCAGUUAUAUUCUAUAAGUUUUCAGAGACCCCAAAGUUUGGAAAGUUCAUACGAUAUAUGGUUAUUGCAACACUGUGUCUUCUGUUGGUGUGCUUUGUGCGCAUUUCGUUUCUCCCAGGAGCCAUGAAAGGGCUGGCAAGAUAUAUGACUCCCAAAGUCCGUGAUGUGGAAAACAAAAUGGUCAGAACAUUUUGUAUGGUCGUAUUUGGGUUUGGGGCUGGUUGGGGCAGUGUGAUAGCUCUGUCCAGUUUCAAUGGGUUCAGGACCAACAUAAUGUCGUACAGUUGGAUUAUUUCCAUCGGACAGGUCUUAAUAAUCAUCAUGUAUGACAUGCUUUACUGUAUGCUCGAUCACUACUACAAAGGACUUUCUGAAGAUCAUAAUGUUAUGAGCGUGUGGAUGUUCUAUCUGUGCGGUGCUUCUGCUUUAUCCUCCGUGGGUUGGGCGAACCUUUGGACUUUUCUUUUCUAUACCAUGUUAUUACUGACUGGUCUAAUUGUUUUGACGACACAAAUCUUCACUAUUCUCCAAAGCUUAUUCGACGAGUUUGAAACACUUAGAAAGAUAAAAAUGGAAGUAACCUUUGGCCUUAUUGGAGGCCUGGCAGUCUGUUCCUGUGUCCAUAGCGUGGAGGAUGGAAUAAUUUUUUUUAUCGCCUUCAUUCACAAUAUUUAUUUGACACAUAGUGCUCUCCACUUACUCCUCCUUUUGGUUGUUUUGUGGAUCUACGGGCGUGAACGUUUCCAGCGGGAUAUUGAGUUCAUGCUGGGACUGCCGUUUGCCUCCUGGAAGGUUUUCAUACUCCGCUUCAUAGCUCCGUUUAUUUUGCUGCGUUGUCUGGUAUUGGGAAUAAUCUUAUUAAGACAAGAACACUAUCUGAGGUUUGUAGUGGUCCACACGAUUCACUAUAUACUGUUGGGGAUAUGCGCUCUGGCAAUACCUGGCUAUGGAUUUUACUAUGUUUACCAGAGCAGCGGAUCCUUUGGCGAGCGCUUCAGACGCAUCUGUCGACCCACCGAUUGGUAUCCUGUUGAGGAGGAGCACCGCCAGCGUUACGGGGAAGCUGUAGGCCAAACGGAGGUGACCGACCAACUUUUUGAGCUUAUCGAUGAUGUGAAUGAAUAAGUGAUAAGAUUAUCAAAAUACAUGACAUUUUAAAACG